UUCCAAUGAACUCCGAAGCUCCACUGUUGUAAGACCUACAGUACGGCUGCGUUCCUUCCCCACUCUUUCCUCUCUCUGUCUCCCUCGUCGCACAGACAAUUUCUCUCUCUUUGGCAUCGCUGGGGACCUGGUUCCGGUGGCCGCUAAUAACUAGGGACAAUGGGUAUCAUUGAAAAGAUCAAAGAAAUCGAGGCCGAGAUGGCUCGAACCCAGAAAAAUAAAGCCACAGAAUAUCAUCUUGGACAACUCAAGGCAAAGAUAGCCAAACUAAGGACACAAUUGUUGGAGCCUCCAAAGGGUUCCAGUGGAGGUGGAGAGGGAUUUGAAGUUACAAAGUUUGGCCAUGGACGAGUUGCACUCAUAGGAUUUCCAAGUGUGGGGAAGUCAACUCUUUUGACAAUGUUAACGGGCACACAUUCAGAAUCUGCAUCCUAUGAGUUCACAACACUGACCUGCAUUCCUGGUAUCAUAAACUACAAUGAUACUAAAAUUCAGCUGCUUGAUCUUCCUGGAAUUAUUGAAGGUGCUUCUGAAGGCAAGGGACGUGGGAGGCAGGUUAUUGCUGUUGCCAAAUCUUCUGACAUAGUAUUGAUGGUUCUUGAUGCCUCUAAAAGUGAGGGUCAUAGACAAAUAUUGACAAAGGAGCUUGAGGCUGUUGGCUUACGGUUAAACAAGAGGCCACCUCAGAUAUAUUUUAAAAAGAAAAAGACUGGGGGCAUUUCAUUCAAUAGCACUAUGCCCUUGACUCAUGUGGAUGAGAAGCUGUGUUAUCAUCUGCAUGAAUAUAAAAUUCACAAUGCAGAGGUCCUUUUCCGUGAGGAUGCCACCGUGGAUGACCUCAUAGAUGUUAUUGAGGGUAACCGUAAAUAUAUGAAGUGUAUAUAUGUCUACAACAAGAUUGAUGUUAUUGGUAUAGAUGAUGUAGACAGAUUAGCCCGCCAGCCUAAUUCUGUUGUCAUUAGUUGCAAUUUGAAGCUGAACUUUGAUAGGCUACUUGCGAGGAUGUGGGAGGAAAUGGGUCUGGUUAGAGUUUACACAAAGCCCCAAGGCCAGCAGCCUGAUUUCUCUGAUCCUGUGGUCCUUUCUGCUGAUAGAGGUGGCUGCACUGUAGAGGAUUUCUGCAACCACAUACACAGAAGUUUGGUGAAGGACGUCAAGUAUGUUCUGGUAUGGGGUACAAGUGCAAGGCACUAUCCUCAACAUUGUGGCCUUGGUCAUCUUCUUCAGGACGAGGAUGUCGUUCAGAUUGUUAAGAAAAAGGAAAAGGAGGAGGGAGGGAGGGGUCGAUUCAAAUCACAUUCUACAGCUCCAGCUCGGAUAUCUGACAGAGAGAAGAAAGCCCCCCUGAAGACAUAAUUAUGAUGCUGCCUUGUAAUCCAUUGAUCAGUGAGGUGGGUGGGAGAAAUGCCCACAGGUUGAUAUUCAAAAUCAGAAGCUUCCAAAGUAAUUGAGUGCUGAAGGUUCCUAGCAUGAAGGGCAUGAUAUCCUCCUGUGCGCAUACUAAGCGAAGCGUGACCACCCAUGUAUUUGUUGGAUUUUUGUUUUGGUUGUAUUUGUUAUGACUUGUUAUAAUCUUAUGAAGUCGGCAGCUGACCUGAAAGGAUAAGAAAGAGAAGAGAAAUCCAGAAUAGUUCUUUCAAAGAUUGACUACUUUGAUGAAAUCUGGGUUUAAUCAAUUUUUCAAAUUUUGAACCACUCGGAGGAAAUGGUCAAUUUACCUUUGUUACUUUA